AUGGGGAGCCAAAUGAAAAGGCAACGGUCUCAAUUUGCUUGUGCUUUGGCAUUUUUCUUGAUUGCCACAUGCACUAUGGCAUAUUCACCUUAUUCAUAUGAAUCAACAGAUUCAACUUACAAUAAAGCACCAAUCACAGUAGCUAAAAGUGAAGACUACAAGGUACAUUCAGUGCCUGAAAAGGAAUAUAAGGCUCCAUCUUUGCCAAAUAAUGAUUACAACCAAAAGCCAUCUGUUUCAGAAGAUAACUAUAAGAAAGUACCCUUAAUUCCUGAAAAGGGAUACAAGGUAACUUCUUUGCCAACAAAUGACUACUACAAGAAGCCAUUAGUUCCAGAAGAUAACUACAAGAAGGUGCGAUAUGUUCCAAAGGUGUCCGCAGUGCCUAAAGAAGAAUCCAAGGUGCCUUCUUUGCCAAAGAACGAAUACUAUAAAAAGCCAUCAGUUCCAGAAGAUAACUACAAGAAGGUACGAUAUUUUCCAAAGGUGCCCUCAGUGCCUAAAGAAGAAUCCAAGGUGCCUUCUUUGCCAAAGAAUGACUACUACAAGAAGCCAGUAGUUCCAGAAGAUAAUUACAAAAAGGCGUCAUAUGUUCCAAAGGUGCCCUCAGUGCCUAAAGAACAAUCCAAGGUGCCUUCUUUGCCAAAGAAUGACUACUACAAGAAGCCAGUAGUUCCAGAAGAUAAUUACAAAAAGGCGUCAUAUGUUCCAAAGGUGCCCUCAGUGCCUAAAGAAGAAUACAAGGUGCCUUCUUUGCCCAAGAAUGACUACUACAAGAAGCCAGUAGUUCUAGAAGAUAAUUAUAGAAAGGUUUCAGAUGUUCCAAAGGUGCCUUCAGUGCCUAAAGAAGAAUACAAGGUGCCUUCUUUGCCCAAGAAUGACUACUACAAGAAGCCAGUAGUUCUAGAAGAUAAUUAUAAAAAGGUUUCAGAUGUAACAAAGGUGCCUUCAGUGCCUAAAGAAGAAUACAAGGUGCCUUCUUUGCCAAAGAAUGACUACGAUAAAAAGUCAUUAGUUCCAGAAGAUAACUACAAGAAGGUGUCAUAUGUUCCAGUGGUAUCUUCAGUGCCUAAAGAAGAAUACAAGGUGCCUUCUUUGUCAACGAAUGAUUAUGAUAAGAAGUCAUCAGUUCCAGAAGAUAACUAUAAGAAGGUGUCAUAUGUUCCAGAGGUACCAUUAGUGCCUAAACAAGAAUACAAGAUGCCUUCUUUACCAAAGAAUGAUUACUACAUGAAACCAUCAAUUUCAGAAGAUAACUAUAAGAAGGUGUCAUCUGUUCCAGAGGUACCUUCAGUGCCUAAACCGGAAUACAAAGUGUCGUCUUUGCCAAAAAAUAACUACUUCAAGAAACCAUCACCUUCUCCAUCACCACCACCUCCUUACUACCAUCAAUCAUCAUCAACUCCUUCUCCAUCACCACCACCUCCAUAUUAUUAA